AUGGCGUAUCAGUCGAGCUACGGUAGCCGCGGCCGCGGUGGCGGUGGUGGCUAUGGCGGCCGCGGUGGUGGUGGCGGUGGUGGUUACGGCAGUUACAAUGGUCCAGGUGGCUAUGGUGGAGGGCGAGGGGGUGGUCCCGGUGCCAGCAAUGCCGGAGGCCGCUAUGGCAUGCGAUCGCGAGGGGGCGGUGGUGGCAAUACGGGUGGCAACUUUCGCGCCGUUGGAGGCACACAACACUACCAGCAUCAAUUCCUUGCCACAACUCAAGAUCACCGUCCCACCAUCGACCAUCACGCCGCCAUCGUCGCAGACUUGGAGAGUCGCCUUUUUCGAAAAGACGGUCGUGAUGUCCCGCGUCUACAGCCCCGGGAUGCCGAGGCCUAUCAUGUCAUGCCACCAGCCGUUUACGCAAGAGACUGUGCCAAUGCCGUGGUUACCAAAUUUGCAAAAGAGGGCAAAGCCAAGUCAGAGCAAGCCCGUGCACAAAGCGAGGCCUCAGCUGGUGGUGAAGCCUUGAGGUCCAACACGCCCGCCUUUUGCAUCCGGUGGGACCCGACAGGCCGCCGCGUCAUCACCGGCCAUUCCACUGGCCAGUUUGCGCUUUGGUAUGCUUGCACUUUCAACUUUGAGACCAUUCUAUCUGCCCAUUUCAACAGCAUCCGCACCCUCAACUGGAGCAACGACUACGAAUGGCUUCUUACCGGCGACGACGGCGGCUGCAUCAAGUACUGGCAAAGAAACAUGAACACUGUUGCCGAACUUCCAGAUGCGCACGAUGGUCCCGUUCGUGCCACAAGCUUCAGCCCGAAUGACCGCAAGUUUUGUUCCUGCUCUGAAGACAAGACAGUCAAGAUUUUCGAUUUCUAUUCCACCAAAGUGGAGCGCGUGCUCAAGGGCCACGGUGCCGACGUGCGCGCCGUUGCUUGGCACCCAAAAAUGUGUACGACCCGAUUUGCUGCUCUGAUUGUGUCGGGGUCCCGCGAUGACCAGCAGCCCAUGCGACUGUGGGAUCCACGUGACGGCACGAACCUUUCGCCUCUUUAUCUACACAAGGACACGGUCAUGGACUUGAAGUGGCACCGCGAUGGCAACAUGCUUCUCUCUGCCUCGCGUGAUGGGCUGGUCAAGCUCUUUGACCUGCGGACUAUGAAAGAAAUGCAAACAUUCCGAGCCCACGAGGGACAGGUGGAUGUGGUUGCCUGGCAUCCCAUUCACAACGAUCUCUUUGUGAGCAGCAGUGGAAAAGGGGGCCUGCACUUUUGGCUGGCCGGCACAAGCUCUGCGCUAGGCUCGAUUCCCAAUGCCCAUAAUGAUGCCUUCAUCUGGGAUUUGGCUUGGCAUCCGUUGGGCCAUGUGCUGGCCACGGCCGGCAACGAUCACCGCGUUGCGUUCUGGACGCGACACAUGCCCGGUGAUACCAUGCAAGAAGACGAGUACAACCAGGCCGAGCUCGCUGCCGCUGCCCCUCUUCAGCAACAAGGAACCAACGCCGUUCGACUUCCACAAGCUGUCGUUGACGUGCUGCCAGGGAUCGAUACCUCGCGAGCGCCAGCAAUGAGCAUGUCAAAUGGCAUGACCUCGAUGGAGCGAUUGCCAGGGCUAUAG